AUGGCUGAGAGUAUUCCCACCGAGAUUUUCGAAGCGCAGCGUGAACCUCGCCGUGAUCUUGGUGAUCAAAUUGUGGAUUCCCAUGUGGCUCGCAUCCUCGAUCUAAGCAAGAUCCCUAAAAUGUUGGUCCCCGAUGAGCAUAUCACCGAGGCAAUAAAAGUCUUGAUGCAGGCUGGGUUCUUGCAAUGUCCACAUCGGAGCGAAUACGAAAGACUCGGCAAACUCGGGUUGUUGGACAAUUUCGACGAUCCCGAACCCGACCCGUUGGGAGAGCUCAAUCCAUGCCCCUACAGUGUCGAUUUCCAUAAACCGGACUAUCACUUCCACCUGAGCUUUGACUCGGCUAACCGAAACCCUCGAGGUACACCGACACAUCCUAUUCAUCUCUACCGCAUGCCGCGGCUUUUCCCGACAUUUCCCAUCCCACCCAUUGGCGCUCUCCCUCGCAAUGAUCCAUAUUAUCGGCUCACGUCGGACGACCGCAUUCGGUUGUUUUCCCACUGCGAUAGCAAGUGGCCCCUGGGGAGUCAGUCUGAUCACGAGGCCUUCCAUCCCGUGAAGAUCCCUCACUUGGCCCGCUGGGUGGAGGUCCACCAGCUGCGGAUUCUCCGCAACUUGCCCGCCGCGAAAACUGAUGAUGAAUGUGGAUAUCACGGAGCUGUCGGAGCCUUAGCGCAGGAGGUUUCGCCGGAGUAUGACAACCAGAAGCCUUAUCCGAAUCGCCGUUCCCGGAGGAAGCAGAUGGAUAGCGACUACCAAAAGUACCUGUACGAGCUAUGCAUCAACAUGAAGAGACGCGGUGAGCUUCCACCCCCGGAGGGAGAACGUAUUCACCCAGCAGGUCUUAAGAAGUUUGUGUCGUGGUUAGAGAUGCUCGACAUCGAGUACAACUCCGCGGACCUGGAAUAA